AUGGCUGAGUCGCCGGCUAACCGAAGCAGGAUUGUGCCCAUCAUGGCCGACGAAGCUCUCUCCAAGCCAAAAUCAACCACAAGAAAAUCCGCUCCUAUUCCCAGGCCUGCCGCGCCGUCCCGCAUAUCCACGCGUUCUCGAACCAAAUCUUACGGACUGGACGGCGUCGAUGGCAAUUUGAAGAUCUUGGAAGAACGCGGCUUGUACGUCGCGAAAACCCCCGGGGACGGCAAUUGCCUCUUCUAUGCUCUGUCCGACCAAAUGUACGGUACUAUGGAACGCGCCUUCGAGAUACGCGAGGCUUUGGCCGUCCAUAUGUCUACCCAUGAAGAGUAUUUUGGAGCUUUUGCCGUCCCCGAGGAAAGCGAGAGACGUUCGGCACGAGUUGCGGCACGGAGAACCGAGUCCCCAUUCCCGGCGACUCCCUCACCAACAGUCAACGACAAGCAAGACGCGUUUACAGACAUGGUCUCGCGUUGUGCCACCCCGGCAGUCUGGGGUGGAGGGGUGGAGAUUCAAGCUUUCUGUCAAUACUACCAGCGAGACGUUCGGGUUUACAGCCCGGACAAUGUGCAGAACUUUCGAGCUUGGGAUGCUCCUAAUGAUGAAGUCCGGGAGGUAGUUCAUCUUGCAUACAUUAACGGCGUCCAUUAUUCAUCUGUACGCAACAUUGACGGUCCACACGAAGGACUUCCCAAUGUGAAACCAAAGGCGGUGGUUAUUGACAUCGAAUCCCCUCAGGCUUGGAAGAUCUCACACAUCCAAAACGGAUUGAGUGGUCAAUACGAUCAAGAUACAAUCGUGUCAAUGCUUCGUCGCUGCCGUGGAGAUAUUAAUCGCGCUUUUGCCAGACUUUUAGACGAAGAAUCAUCAUCAACUUCCUCAUUUGUAUCCUCUGCAACCUCGGCUGCAUCGUCUCAAGCAACAACAGCCAGCACACCUGAACAACAACAAAACGCAAACGAACUACGCAACGAGACCACUGCUACACCUAUGGUGAACUUCAAACCCCAUCUGAUGUCGUCUCGUUCAUCCUCUCGACACAGCACUGCUAGCAAGCGCUCUGCAGACGACAGCGAUGAUGAGGGUUCCGUUUUGUCUGCACAGCGUGGACGUGAGCAAAAGCGCCGUAUCCUACCAAAAGUUACAGUUGGUAUCAAUUUUGGAGACCACGAUCAGCCAGAUAUGGUUUCUUUGCGUUGGCGAGUCGACUCUGAUGUUGUCGCUGAGCAAGUUACUGCUACUCCUUCAUCUUUAAAACAAUCAGAGCAACCAAAAUCUGAACUAGAACAGCCCAAGCCAACUUCAGAGCAAGACAAGCCAAACGCAAAACCGAAGAAAACGCAGACCAAGGCCAAAGUCAAGCCAAAAUCAAGGGCAGAGCAAGGCCAGUGCCGCAAACUUCGACCUCGCAAACCUCGAAGCAGUGUCACCAGCGAACUUGACACCGCAUUAACCCUUUCCGACGAAUCAUCUGUUAAACUAGCGGAAUAA